CCUCGCUGGUGGGAGCUUGGAUGCGUCUGCUCCCUGCUGAUUGGCGCCUUCUAGGCCGUCUAGGUCUCAGGGACAGCUUCUCCAGCAUAAAAGAGGUCGCCCGAGCUAGCCUCCUCUGCACAGGUGGCCAGAAAGGACUCAACUCCCUGCUCCUGGCCUAGAGGACUGACAAGCAUGACAGGACGGGAUGGGCUUUCGGAUGCGCGCUCCAGGAGUAGAGCCCUGGCGCCAGGCUGUCCUCCCACCGGCUCUCGCCUUCGAAGCUUUGCCAUCAAUGACCUGCUGGGAUUGGAGGCAGACCUGCCAACUCCGGCGGAGCCUAGGCUAAGAUCCAACUGUGAAGCUCCAGCGGAGGCAACAGAGCCGAGGCCGGGACCGGGGCCGGGACUCUGCGGCUCCUGCCCUGCUCGCGGGGCUCUCCCGCUGGGCCUGGGUCUCCUCUGCGGCUUCGGGGCGCAGCCCCCUUCCGCGGCCGCCGCUCGCGCGCGCUGCCUGCUCCUGGCGGAUCUGCGGCUUCUGCCGCCUGCAGGACCCGAGCCUGCUGUCGCCCAGAGCCCCGUCCACCCGCCGCCUGCGCUCGGCAGCCAGCAGCGCAGCGAGAGCGUCUCCACGUCGGAUGGGGACAGUCCAUCUGAAGAAAAGAGUGACCCGAAGAUGUCCCUUUCCCUGGGCAAGAGGAAGAAGCGGAGGCACAGGACAGUUUUCACUGCCCAUCAACUUGAAGAACUGGAGAAGGCGUUUGGAGAGGCCCACUACCCUGACGUGUAUGCUCGGGAAAUGCUGGCUGCGAAGACAGAGCUCCCGGAAGACCGAAUACAGGUCUGGUUUCAGAACCGGAGGGCCAAGUGGCGUAAGCGAGAGAAGCGCUGGGGUGGCAGCAGUGUGAUGGCCGAGUACGGGCUCUAUGGAGCCAUGGUUCGCCACUGCAUUCCACUGCCGGACUCCGUGCUCAAUUCCGCAGAUAGCCUGCAGGGCUCCUGUGCACCCUGGCUUCUGGGGAUGCAUAAAAAGUCUACAGGAAUGAGGAAACCAGAAAGUGAAGACAAGUUGGCAGGACUCUGGGAGUUUGACCAUCUCAAAAAAGGUGCUAAUAAGGAUCAGGAUGGACCUGAGAGGGGACCAGACAAGAUGAGCCUGAACCUCGAGGAUAGCUUGGAAGAUGUGGCUAUUGACCUGUCCAGCUCUUCCAGGCAGGAGACUAAGAAAAUGCCCCCAGGGUCCAGUACUCAGGGGUGUUCCCAAGCCCCAGGGCUGCAGGGACUCCAGCCCCCACAGGUGGGAGCCUCAUGAGACUGACAGAUUGCUCCCCCAAAGGUUGGAAAUAUACAUAUUUCUCAUGAGUAUUUUUCAGGAGACAGGUCCAAGACAAACACCUUCUAUUUGAUUUUCUACCUGAAAUGUCUGGAUAAAAGGCAACAACACUACAAUGCUGAAUAACUUAGUUCCGUUUAA